AUGGCCCACGUGGUCGUGCCGAUGCCCGCGGAGGGCACGGCCGGCGGCUCGUCCCUGGUGCUCUUCGGCGGCGACAUCGGCGUGAGCUCCACUCAAAAAGGGAACACCAAGCUGAGGGACCUGUGGGUGCUGGACCUGCGCAGCGGGCUGUGGACCGAGGUCGGCCCCGGCGGCGGCGCGGCGGCCUGGCCGGGGGCGCGCGCCGCGUGCAGCGGCGUGCUGCUGGACGGCGCGCUGGUGGUCUACGGCGGUCGAGGGCAUGCGGGCACCACGUACGGCGACCUGUGGCGCUUCGACCUGCGGACCAGGUGGUCGGGCCUGGCGGCAAGGUACGUGUACGGGGGCUACCGGCCAGGGGCGCCGUUCAGCGGCAGGCUGGACGACAUGUGGGUGUUCAAGUCGGACGAGGUCGUCUGGAGGAAGGUGCCCCAGGCCAACUCGGACGGGGGCCGGGCGAACUUCGCCAUGGCGCUGUACCCCCUGAGGUCUGGGCCCCGGCCCGUCGCGCACCCGGCUUCCGGCAUGCCGCCACGCGCCGCCAGCCCCUUGCUCCCGACGCUGGCCGCCGCCGCUGCCGCCCUCGCGGCGCUCUGCGGCCUCGCCGGCCGCGCCCCCGCCUUCGCCGCGGCCCCGGCGCCCGCCUCCCGGGCCCUGCGGCGCGGGGCCCCCGCGGCAGCGGGGCAGGAGACGCCAGGCGCAGAUGCGCUCGGGGCGGCCGGGGCGCUCCUGGCGCCCGCGCUUUGCGGAGCCGCGCUGCUCGCGACCCGCCGGCCCGCGGGGGGUGCGCGGAGGGCCGGCAGCGACGAGGUCGCGCUGGUCGUCUCGCCCAAGGAGACCUACGAGGCCCUGGUGGACAAGGGCGUUGCCAACGCAAACAUGCCGCUCGGGAAGCUGAUGCACAGCUCGAUCAUGGGCGGCGCCUAUGUCGGCAUGGCCGGCCUGCUCUCUCUGACCGUGGCCGGGAACCUUGGCCCGUCGGCCACCCUUGGCGCCCAGAAAUUCAUCUUCGCGGCCCUGUUCCCAGUGAACCUGCUGCUGGUGCUGCAGUCGGGCUGUCAGCUGUUCACCGGCAACACUGCCACAGUGUCGUGUGCGUUCCUCGAGGGCAAGGUGAAGAUCAAGGAUAUGCUAAGGAGCUUCGUCUACUCCUGGGUUGGCAACGUGAUCGGUUGCGGAGCACUGGCUGUUGCGGCCUGGUACACCGGCCUCCUGACCGGUGGCGCAGGCUCCAUGGCUGUGGCGACAGUGGCCAAGAAGUGCGGCGGCACGCUCGGACAGACAAUCGUGAAGGCCGUCUUGUGCAACUGGCUGGUGUGCAUGGCCGUCUUCCUGUGCACCCAGGCGAAGGACCUCACGGGCAAGAUGGUCGGAAUUUGGUUCCCCAUUUCCAUGUUCGUGGGCAUCGGUUUCGAGCACUCCGUCGCGAACAUGUUCAUCUUGCCGGCGGGCCUCCUCGCAGGCUCGCCACUGACAUACAUGCAGACCUUCAUGCAGAACCUUCUCCCAGUCACGCUCGGAAAUUGGGUGGCCGGGGCUUUCAUCAUCGCAGGCGGCUUCUUCUUCCAGUUCGGCAGCCGCAAGAAAUGA